AUGGAUCUCAUCGACGCGCUAGAAUUAUUGAAAAUUAAAGAUCUUUCUAAAGAAUGGGUGGAUUUGGUGUGGGAUUUUGAAUUCACCGAUACGGAGCCCCUAGAUGCUGUAAUAGAAGAGAAUAUUAAGGGAAACCCGAGUGUUUUUAGAAAAGUUUACCAACAGCUGUCGAAGUUCGUGAGAGAUGAUGAAGAACCGACGCAAAAUGUCUGGAUGGUAUUCGGGGAGAAUGAAAUUUCAGCAAAAUCCCUCGUUGCGCUACUUUCCUACUUCAUACUCGCAGCUAAGACCAAAACUCCCAGCGUUGAGCAGAGACUGUACGCCCUUCAAGCCGCGUCUCUAUACUUACUGCUUCUAAAAAUCCCAGGUAGCGUGGCCAACAAAGUGUUCCACCAGAUCCUGUUUGACAUUUGUUUCGAUUUGGUGCUGAGAUGCUGGCCGGGAGACACGGGAAAGAAGCGUAAAAAAGACUCACUGAAGAGUUCCCAGGCCGAUUCAAAGGGCGGGAAACGUUCUAAACCUCCAAGGAAAGACUCUGAGGAGAUGGAGGUUGAUGAAGAUGACACAGAGGAAGAGGAGGUGUAUUUCUCAGCGCAGGAUCUUCUGAACCUGAGAGAGGAAAUCGUUUCCCUGGUCAAAACCCUUCUCGGUCUCCUCGAGAAGUUCUCCUUGAAGGACAAGCCACAGAGUGCAGAGAACUGCGUUCGGCUUUUUACAGAGCUCACUAACUUUGAGUCAGCCAUUGGAGAGAUAUCUUUUUCUGAAAGACAGAACAUCGAUAAACUAAAGGGCUUGCCUGAGCUGGCCUAUCACGGACUGCAGCUGCUCUGCUCGUCCAAUCACGGCGAAGGAAAUGAGUGUCGAAGACGCGUCUUCCACAGACUCCUGUACGUCAUUCUGAUGAUGAGGAAGGAGGACCGGUCGAAACCCCGCCUACUGGUCCCCUCCCAGUCUGUGUACGCUGCCCGUGACCAAGCCAUCAGCUUCAUCAAUCACAUUGUGGACGAACAAAAGGAGAAUGUUCUUCCUCUACUCAGGAUCUUACUGCAGCAUAUCUGCUAUCAGAUGGUGGAGAAGUCGGAGUAUCGCAGCAGUGGGGCACAGGCUGUGGGCAAACUGGUGGUUAAAAUGCCCAGUGAGGACUAUGCCGCCUUUAUCAAAUGGCUGUAUGUGUACUCACUGCACACCAAGGUUGCCUUUAGAAUGUUUGCUCUGGAUGUUGCCAUGGUGUUGCUGGAGCAACCAGAGAGAGAGGCGGAGCCUUCCCUGCCCCCGGAGCUGUCCGUCUUCCUCCCGCACAAGUUCCUGGUUCAGAGCAUGAUUUUUGGCCGGCGUUCUGACCCCUCCCCGACGGUACGAGGCCACGCCCUCCACUGCCUGGCCCAGUGUUUGGAAUUGCCAUCACACAACGCCACCAAGUGUGUACAGGAGCUGUUCUCCACCAGUACUCUCAGAAAGUCUCAUGGGACAAAAAUGGCAAUGACCUUCAGAACGAUUGAGGUCACGGCACAAAAUGCCUCUUUUGAGACUCAGGAAAGCAUGGCUCUGGUCAAAAGGCGCGUCAGUGACCCCAAAACUAAUGUCAGGAAAUGUGCUUUACAGACACUAACAGGUCUGCUGAAACACAACGUGAUCUCCUGUAUUCCGGAGAAUCUGGCCAUUCUGUCUGACAGAUGUCGGGACCCUGCUGUCUCUGUCAAGAAGAAAGCUCUACAGUGUCUCAUGGACCUGCUGACUGCGCGUCCGGAGAGCAGCCUAAUCCAGGAGGCCUGGCUCAGGGGUGUGGUCCCUGCUGUAAUGGACACAGAAAGUUCAGUCCAGGAGAAAGCUCUAGAAUGUCUGGACCAGAUGAUCCUGGCGCACAUCAAACACCGUAGCAACUAUAACCACGGCGACGUGUCUCAGACGCUGGCCUGGGACCUGCUGGACCUCAUGAGUGACCAGUGUCAGGACCUACGGCGUUACCUCAGUAAGGCGUUCAGUGUCUUGUCCCAGCAAAAGAAAUUUGCCUCCGUUUUCUUCAACAACCUCAUCUCUCACACCGACACGCAACGUGUGGCCGGAGCCUGGCUUCUGCUCUCUAAAAUCGUCGGCUCCGCCCCUAAAUUCAACUUCGGCGACCUAUUGGACGCCUGGGACGACAUGAUCAGGUCUAAGAACAUGUCUGUUACCCUGUCCUGUCACAUCUUAGCUGUGUUUGGAGAUAUUGCUGAGCAUCUCAAUGAAGAUACCAAGACAAGGAUAGUGGAGGACCUCCUGAAUUGGUUGAAAGGAUUUAAUCUGCCCCUGGAGGUAAUUAGCGCCAGCGUGGACACGCUCUACCGCCUCGGACAGAGGGAGAACGUCCAGGAGACCAUGGACUUCAUGAAUCGAUACUGCGGGGAGUUGGUCUCUCUCUGUGAAUCCUACCUGUCUGGCGUUCUUCUCAGUGAAAAAGGCACCGACAAUCUCAAUGUGGACUUACUGGUGAAUCAUCUGUACACCUUGGGUGUUGCUUCCCUGCACUGUCCGGCCAAAGUGAGCAAACGAGUCAUCCUGCUCGUCCAGUCUGUUCUCACGUCCAGUGUGCAGCUACAGCCUGAGGGCUCUGAGGAGAUGCCAGCCAGUCAGCCUCUGUCUCAGUUUAAACCGUCAUCCCUGCCCACUGUGGUCCGCGCACACGCCGCCGUUACGCUAGGUAAGCUGUGUUUGCAGAAUGAGGAGCUGAUGCAGAAGUGUUUGCCAGCGUUGGCGCAGGAGUUGGAGGUUGGCAAAGAGCUGGCGGUGCGCAGUAACGUGGUGGUGGUGAUGUGUGACCUGUGUGUGCGGUACACCAACACCGUCACCCGCUACAUCCCCAACAUCUCCGCCUGCCUCAGAGACAGCGAGGCCCUCAUCAGAGAACAGACCCUUAUCAUGCUCACCAACCUACUGCAGGAGGAGUUUGUGAAAUGGAAAGGUUCGCUUUUCUUCCGUUUUGCCGCGGUUCUGGUGGACCCAGACCCCGACAUUGCCGGUCUGUGCGAGUACUGUUUGGUUCAUCUUCUGCUGAAGAAAAACCCACUCAUGUUCUCCCAGCAUUUCAUCGAGUGCAUCUUCCACUUCAACUCCUACGACAAGCACAAAAAAUACAACAAAUUCUCUCAAACUGACAGUGAGAAGGCCAGGUUCUCUCUUAAAGGACCCCAGAAUCAAGGCAAGCGGUUCAGGAUCUACAAAUUUCUGCUCAAACAUUUCACCGACGAGCAGCGCUUCAACAUCAUCACCAAAAUCAGUCAGGACGUCCUAGCCUGUUUUGUUGAUGGCGAGUUGCCACUGGACUCAGACGGAGCAGAGCUCCUCGCUGACACGUUUGACGUUCUGAGUCUGAGAGAGAUAAAGCUGACUGCCAUGAGCGCCCCCUCUGGUGGGGAGGACCCACAGGAAGACGAGAUGGCCAUGGCGAAGGCUGUCAUACAGGUGGCCCAGAAAAAACUCAUCUCACAGGUGCAGAAGAGGAACUUCAUCAAGAACGUGAUCCCCAUCGUCAUUGCGCUGAAGAACAUGCUAGAGGAGCAACGCUCACCUGUGCUCAAACACCUGAUGGCCUAUCUACAGGUGACCAUGCAGGACUACCGUAACGAGGUCCGGGAGGUGCUGGCGGCAGACGAGCAGUUGGCUACGGAGGUGGAGUACAACCUGAAGAUGUUCGAGAAGGAGCAGCAGCAGCAGCAGCAGGAGGAAGAGGAGGUGCAGCAGAAGUUGGGGAACUGCAGCCUGAGCACUGCAGAACCUGCCAGCAGAACUCCAACAGCCUCUGUUCCUGUCUCUCCGGCUCCAGCAGGUGCUCUCCGUUCUCAGGUGGGCUUUGCCACCCCGCUGCCCCCCCGCUCCGCCACGCGAGGCCUGCGCACCCCCAAAUCCUCCGACCUGCUCCGGCGGAGGACAUUCUCUGGCAUCGUUGCACGGGAAAGAAGUGGAUCAGAAACGUGUACACAGGGCGUGGGCAGAGCCAUCAGCACGCCCCAGGAGAGUAUAAAUGAAGUAACAUUUGGAGAACAAGUCAGCGCCAUUUACAGCGAGAGACUAUCAGGGAGGAAGAGUCUGGAUGAAGACGGCAGCAUUCUCCACCUCAUGUCCCCUGAUCACCAAGCCUCAGUGCCGCGGAAGUGGAAUGUGGAAUCUCCUAUGCGCCGAAAAGCCAGACCAGGGAUCAUCUCCUCUUUAGGAAACGAAAUCGUAGCCUCAGAGACGAAUGCAGACAUGAACACAGGUAAAUGUGAUCGUUUGGUUCACGUGACCAAGGCUGACGUUGAGGCCAAGAGUGGGGAGAAUGUCACCAUGGAGUGGAUGCUCAGCCCAGAGAACAGCUCAUCAAAAACAUGCCAGCUCGAGAGACUCUACAAGAGAACUGGCCUCACAGUGCAUCUUCAGGCUUAUUCAGACUACCUCCAACAAUACAAAGAAGCUCUCACCACGGCUCGGUCCACCUAUUACUCAGACCUCAUACACUCUGGCUCCAACAACCCCAAGGCUCUCUUCUCAACAAUAAACAAUCUUCUCAAGCCCACUGACAACAUUCUCAAAACCUUUACUGUCAAUAAUUGUAACUCUUUCCUUUCAUUUUUCCAAACUAAAAUUGAUACCAUCUACAGUAAUCUGACCACUUCCCUAGCCCUCCUCAGCUCCCAAAGUGCGUCUCUCCAAUUCGCCACUCAGCCCCCGUCUCAGUUCUCCUCUGUUUCCCUAAUGGAACUGGCCAACAUCAUGGCGGGAAUGAAAAGCUCCAACUGCAUUCUGGAUCCCAUCCCAUCCAACUUCAUCAAGGACUGUCUCCCAGUUCUCUCCUCACUCAUCACACUGAUCAUAAACUCCUCCUUCAGUUCUGGUUCAGUCCCCCAAAUGCUCAAACUGGCUGCUGUCACCCCCAUUCUCGAAAAACCUGGACUCAACCCCAACAUCAUGUGCAAUUUCCAUCCCAUCUCCAUCACCGCUGCAACUUACUCUACUCUGACCAACUCACCAACGAAACCACAAUUUGCUGUUGUCCGUUCUCGGCUGUGUGCAUUGGUGGCAUUUGUGCUAUACGUCCUGGCGGUGAUAGUUCUGUCGUUUUUCUAUUACAAGAACCUGAAGAGCUUCAAAUUCGUCGGUGUGCACAUUACUGAGGACCUCUCCUGGUCACUACACGUGGACACCGUGGUCAAGAAGGCUCACCAGCAGCUCUUUCCUGAGAGGACUGAGGAAGUUUGUUAUGCCAGCAUCCGCACGAACCUCUACAUGCGCACUGCCGAGAGGUUGCUGACGGGCUGCAUCAUAGGCUGGUACAGAAACUGCUCCGCCCACAGGUGCAAAUCUCUACUGAGAGUGAUAGCGGUAGCACAGCACAUGACCGGAAGUCAGCCGUACACCCCGACAGCAACUUGCCCUGUCUGGGAGCACCACUACUACCUGCCGUAUUCCUACUGGCACUGUUUCUACCAGUACUGUUUCUACCAGCACUGUUACUGCCAGCACUGUUCCAGGUAA